AAGGAAACUCGGCCGCCCUUCCUUCACCAGCGUUCUCUGCCCAUUAGCGGAGUCAGCGCCUGUGUUGAAAGACCGAAGGGAAGCUUCUUGAAAGGAAUUACUUUCUCCCAAAACAAUUUUUCACCAAACAUGACCUCUAAUUCUAAUCUCUCCAACAUGAGACGCCUGGUGGAACAACUGAAGCUGGAGGCAAGCGUGGAGCGAAUCAAGGUGUCUCAGGCGGCUGCAGAGCUGCAGCAGUACUGUCUGCAGAACGCGGGCAAAGACGCCCUGCUGGUGGGAGUCCCCACAGGCAGCAACCCUUUCAGAGAACCACGCUCCUGCGCUGUGGUGUGAAGAGGAAGAAGAAGUGGAAACAGCAUCUCAGUCUUUGUGACCUUUUUCAUUGGAUGUUAAUUUCAUUAAGAAAAACACAUUAAGUUUUACACUUUUUGUUCAAAUAAAUGUCUUGUUUAACACAA